AGCAGGUGCCGCCUGGUAUAGGUAUUAUGGGGCCAGAGAGACCGAGACAUCGUUUGCUGGAAGGGCCGUCCUCGAAUGGUGAAUUAUUGUCUAGCACGAUGAUAUCGUCUUUGGCCAUGCCCGGGCCUACACGCAGCCAGUAGAUACCUACUACUUACGUCCGCCCACUACAGUCAAGAUCCGUACUCACACAGACUCUCGAGAAGACAUCGCUAAUUAUCGGCAACGGUCCGCGGCCUAUUUCCCGUAAGAUUCUAGUUGGAAGCUUCGCCAUGGCUAGUGAUAGAACCGUCGACUCGAAUAUUCUCUCCAAGAUCGCCGCUAGGGAGAAACGGCUUGCUGGCGAAGAUGGCCCAACGAAGGAUGGCCCUCCUGCCCAGGCCCAGAAGCACGCCGGCGAGAACAUCACCGGUAGGAUCGUCUCUGACAUCGCCCAGGGCGAAAACAGAGCGACGCGAGGAGACGUGCCUAUCCAAGGCGGACCGGGAGCCCUCAUCCAAAGACUCGCUUCCCCUAAAGUUAAUCCUGUUCCGGCGCACACCGCCCGCUUGGGCUCGCACCUUAUCUCUGCAACCACAGUUGCUGGAGAGCGGUUAACGGGUCAGAGCCGGCCCGUCAAGGGCGGCCUUACAGCACAAGCACAGAGACACGCCGGCGAACAGGUCCCUCGCCGGAACUCGCAUGCCAUUACCAACGACCAGCAACAAGUCACAGGCGAUGAUGCAGUCAAGAGAGACCCUGCAGCUACUGUGCAGAGCGAGCCCCGUAGUAAUCAUUUUUGAUCUCCGUUGGGGGACUUGCUUCCAGCUCAACAGACUAUCGAAACGAGGUAUAGAGAUUCGGAAGGCUUUUCAUGGCGCAUUUAUAUUUAACCGAGGGUGGUGUGGGAUUAAGAGAAGGGAUGGAUUUCGCGAUCCAAACGGGUAUGCAUCACUUGGCACUGAAAGUUACGCGGUAUGGAUGUCAUGAGACCCCG